AUGGCGCGCUCUCGCACUGUGUUGGCGCCCCUUGUGGCCCUUGCCUGUGUGGCGGCGCUGUUCAACAGCUACAGCUUCGUGGCCCCGCGACAGGCCAGCAUCCCUGCCGCUGCCAUCACGGCGGCGGUCGUCCCUGCCGCAGCUCAGGCGGCCGUGGACAUGCCAGAGAUGGACAUGGGCUCCAGCCUGAAUCUCUCCGCCACCGUCGAAGCCCUCAUGCUUGGCAUCGUCAUGGGCACUGUUCCCAUCACGGUCUUCGGCCUUUUCGUCUCCGCCUGGCUGCAGUUCAAGAAGGGCCCCACCCUAGGCAUCUGA